AUGCGCUUCACACACGCUUCCCCUCUCCUCCUGCUGCUCGCCCCCUCCCUCAUCGCCGCAGACGCCCCUCGGCCUCCCACAAGAAGAGACACAGAAACCCUGGGAAAAGAGGAGAUACUAGCUCUCAAUGCUCGCCCCGGCGCUCCUCUCGGACGCGGCAAGAGCAAUGGCCCCGACCCAUUACCAAACUCCCCAAACACCAUGGGCGCAUCCAAACCAUACGUAGGCACAGAAGAUGCGCCGGUCGAUGGCUUAGACGGCAAGCCACAUGCGGGCCCUUUCGUGGACAGGAUACCAGAUGACGCCAAGCCGCGGAAAGGAGACGAUGCCACCAAGACCAUCAAAUCCCUACCGACCUCUCUCGAGAAUUUGAAGGCUGGCGGGCUGAAGGACAUACCCGAGAAGAACGACGGUGUAAUGAAUGAUGAGAAUCGACCUCUACCAAAGAAGGGCACAACAGGCACAGAAGGAGGCAUCAGCGAAAAGGAGAAGGCACGCAAGGAGCUGGACGGCGAGCUUCAGGAGACCAAGCCCAAGGCUCCGAAGCAGGCGCCUGUUUUACCGAACAGCGAAGGCGAGCACUCCGAGCAAACAGAUGGAAAGAAGGGUACCCAAGCUUCUGACGAGAGAGAAUCCUCUUCUGCCAGUGAUGCUAAAGAUCCUAUCACAGGCGAGAAGAUCGAUUCGAGCAGAAGUAAGGACGGAUAUGGAGAAGCUGGUUAUGGCAUGGAGAAGCCCAAAGAUCUCCCAGAGAAGCCACACAACAUCCCUCAUCCCGCACCCAAGGCUGCGAAUGACGAUCUGGGUCCCCCGGUCAAUCCCGAAGGAGGCAAGAACAAGUGGCUACUCUCCACCAUGGAUUACACUGAGGGCGUUCCGAAGCCAAAGGCGAAAGUCGCGACCGAUAGCGAGGGCAACAAGGUGCUCGUGGACGAUGCACACCUUGAGACAUGGCACGAAUGGUUUCACUCUUUCGUUCUCUCCUUCACCAUGAUCAUCUUCUCCGAGAUUGGCGACAAGACCUUCCUGGUUGCGGCUCUGAUGGCCAUGCGACACGCACGAUUACUCGUGUUCAGUGCCGCUCUGUCCGCCUUGAUCGCCAUGACGGUCCUUUCCGCAGUCUUGGGUCACGCAUUCCCCUCGCUUCUUCCCAAGAAGUUGACGACUCUCGCAGCAGCAAUAUUAUUCUUUGUGUUUGGCGCCAAGAGCUUGAAAGAAGGCCUCGAAAUGGACAAGGAUGCUGGCAUUGGGGAGGAAAUGCGUGAAGUCGAAGCCGAGCUCGAGGAGGAAGAGCAUAAGAUGCGCCGCAGAUCGUCCCGAGCGGAUCAACUCUCACCCUACGAGCUGGAAGGUGGUCGCGGAAGACAACUCGGUCUGGACAAGAUGGGCCGUCCAGAGCCUUCUCCUCCUCUGAGUAGGUCGCCCUCGCCCAAGGGUCGGAAAGGGCAGUUCUCGGGUCUCGUGAACCUCUGCAGCCUUGUGCUCAGUCCGGCAUGGGUACAAACAUUCGUCAUGACGUUCCUUGGUGAAUGGGGAGAUCGCAGUCAGAUAGCAACGAUCGCGAUGGCUGCCGGGCAGGACUACUGGUGGGUGACUCUGGGUGCGAUCGUUGGCCACGCUUGCUGUACAGGCAUGGCAGUCAUAGGAGGGCGAGCGUUGGCCGGCAGAGUGAGCAUGCGAGUUGGUGAGUGUUUGCCCUUUACAUACAUUUCAUGAAGAACGUUGUGCUAAUGUCGUAUGCAGUGACUAUCGGCGGCGCCGUCGCAUUCCUCGUUUUCGGAUGCAUCUAUCUCUACGAGUGCAUCGUCGAGUAG